GUCUGGGACUAGGUUUCGAAUUUCCGCCUGGGUCAUUCCGAUGGCUGACAUUUCAUCUUAUAACAGUUUCAGUUUUUCAUACAUAAAACACUCAUUACUUAUAUUGUUUAAAUUCGGUGAUUUAAACUCCGUUUUAUCUGGCUUAUUCCUCUUUUUGUUUUCUUAUAUACCGUUUUAAAUAAUCUUUCCAAAAGAAAAUUCAUUUCAUUACAGCUUUGAAAUGCAUGGUAUAUUAGCUACGACGACCGAACAAACGGAUAUAUAUUUAAAUUAGCAAAAGCACACACGAUUAACUAUUGCAGGUCGCAUGUGUAACUAACUGCAUUUACUGCCAUUCGCAAGCAUAAGAGGAAAUAUGAACAAAUGCAAUAAAAAACAACUACUCCUUGUAUAAUUUAAACCCAGUUUUAAUGCGUUGUUUGAACUUCGUUGGUCAAAGUACAGAAGAAAACGUUUCCUUAUUGAGUAUAUCAACUUUCAGAUAGUUUUUGUUGUUGUUCCUGUAAAUGGUAAUAGAUGCAUCUUAAUUAGUUACACCCUUCUGCCAGUAAUGAGAAAAAUAGAUUUAAUUGAGGGUAUUUGAAUCUUAUACUAUUUCCCGCGUCAACAGUUCUAGACAUUUGUUGAUAUUUUGUUCUGCCAUGCUUCUGGAUACGCGGAAGCGGAAAAGCUGAGUCUCUACGAAGCGCUGCAGAUUACAGAGGCUCUCCCGUGUCCCAUUUGAGCAGUGCCAAGAAAGGGGAUCGGUCGCCUGGGCAAAAACAUCAGGGUAACAGCGCGACAGACAGCUCAAGUGGCGUUUCCAAAAAGCAUGAAGUGCUUGCUGAUCGCAAGUGAGAGUGCAGAAGUUCUCUUCUAUUGGGCUGACCCGCAUAUCCAGCAGAGCAUUCGCAACCAAUAUGAAGGAUCCCAGGAAGAAGGAGGCAGGCCUCCAGCUUUUGAAGACAGCAUCAACACUCUGUUUGCCCCCAUCAUCAUCUCCUGCAGCACGAUGAUCGACAGGAUGGGAGACAGCUACACCUCGUUCAGCACAGAGGACCAGCACGUCUACGUUCUCCGUCAGUUUGAAGACUGUCUGUACAUUGCUGUAAAUGGGGAUGGUGAGGAAACUGAGGAAGACCUGAAGAGGAAAAUAUACGUGAUGAAGAAACUGACGGAGGUCCACUUUGGGAUGGUGACACUCAGCAGUUCCCUGCUGAGGAGAGAACUCCGACCCCAUGAUACAGAUCAAAGAAAUCGCCUGUGGAGGAAGUUUCAAAGCCUCCUGGGGACCUACAGUCGGCUGCGAGAGCAGGACCAGAGCUUCCUGGUGGAGGCUGUGGAGAGGUUGAUCCAGCCCACGCUUUGUGAACAGUGCAUCGAGUUCCUGGAGCGUCGGCUGGUUCAGACGAUCAACAGCAGCGCGGAGCGAGCGGGGGAGGAAGCCCUGCACGCCUUCAUCCUGGUGCACACCAAGCUCCUGGCCUUCUACUCUAGCCGCAGUGCCAGCCCUCUCACUUCCUCGGACCUACUGGCCUUGAUUCUGAUGGUGCAGAACCAGUAUCCCAGCAACAGUGACCUAGAUGACAUGAGCCCAGAAGACACCCAGAACAGUUCAGCACCUGACAUGUUCUACACUCCAGAGACUUCCCCCACUGGCAGGCAGUCUGGUGCAGAACAGCCCUGUGUUCCUGUCUUUCAGUUUGUCGACCCUGACAUUCAGGUAGCAGAGGACAGCUUACAGACCUUAGAAGCACCACCUAUGGACCCUGCUCUGCCUUCUAGAGUCUUCCUUGAAGCUAAUUUGAAAGACGCCUUUUGUCCCAUGAUGCCGCACUCCAUGUACUGCCUGCCUCUGUGGCCUGGUAUCACACUGGUGCUGCUGACAAAGAUCCCCAACUGCCAGGUGGCUGUGUCAGUCUACUGCUUCCUGGAGACCUUCACUCAGCUGGAGAGGAAGCUGAGUGACCUGCAGGGUGGAGCGGCUCUUCCCCGCAGCCAGCACUCCUUGCAUGACCUCCGCGGCAAGAUGGACAAGUUUGUACGAGCCCUGGGCAGCAGCAGCAUGCAGGUUACGUGGAAUGAUUUCAAAAACAAGGUUUUCUCCAGAGGUGGACCAGGAGUUAGUAAAGAACUACUGCCCUAUUGCCGGAAUAUGAAGACCCAGCUGUGUAACCUGUACAGGCAGUGCUUUGUAGCAGAUGGGCCUAGGGACUGCCAGCGCCUGGCCCCCAGUCUGCAGGAGCGAGCCCGGCUCAUGGUGCAAGAGCAGCUCCUGGACUGGAAGGAUUUCCUGCUGGUGAAGAGCAGAAGGAACGUCACUAUGGUGUCGUAUCUGGAGGAGUUCCCCGGCAUGGUCCACUUCAUCUAUGUGGACCGUACAACAGGCCAGAUGAUCGCACCAUCCCUUAGUGUUACGGACCAUUCCAUUUCAGAGUUGGGGAAGGGGCCAUUGGCGCGUUUUAUUAAAAACAAGGUGUGGAGCUGCGUGGGAACCGCACGGCGCUACCUGCAAAAGGGCUACACCACCGUCACCCUCAGGGACGGCGACUAUUACUGCUGCUACUUCCUGUGGGUGGAAAGCGAGACGGGUUACAAGCUGGAGGUGGUCGACCCCCCGGUCCUGUCAGAUGACUCUGCCCCCGUAGGGAUGCUAGCCUGGGAUUACUACAAGAGACUGCUGAGGUACUACACUAAGAACCAUCAGACAGAGGUAGUCAAAUGCUAUGAGCUGUUGACCAUCCACCUGGGCGUCAUCCCCAGCGAGUGCAUCCUCCAACACUGCUACCAGCUGGCCUGUAAGCUGUGGGAGCCGUCCCGCAUCCCGCUGCUGUGAGAGCCACCAGGGGAAGCGGUGUGCGUCAUUGAGAGCUCCAGGGGACAGUUUCAUGAGCCAAAACAACCUGCAGUCUCUAAUAGAAAGAGCCUCAGAUCCUCCGCACAAGGAAGGCAAGGCAGGCUCAGACACAGUGCCUCCUGGAGGUCAUCAAGAGAAUGACAGCGCUACGGACAAAAUUAAAGAAGUCCUGUUUGCUCGGUC